GCUCAUUCUCCGUCUCGAAUGUCCGUUCUUGUGGAACAAUGAGUGCAAUUCUCAGGGCUAUUGUCGAUGUGCGAAAUGUGAUGACAACAACCAGAGGGGCACAAUGGAAAGGAGUAAGGUAUAAGUAGUGCCAUUUUACCCUGGAAUCCUCACUCAUCAAGCAAUGCUUACAUACCUACAGUUCUACUCACCCUAUAUCCUCCUCUCUCUCAUCACCAUCCCACUUGAACCCAGGCCCAUCUCAUUCACUCCUCAACUGAAGCCCCCGAGACAUCAAUAUGCAACUCACCCCUCUUACCAUUGCCACCCUCCUAACCACCGCAGGCGCAGUCGCCAUCUACAAACCCGCCGCCGGCGACCGAGUCGACGUCUUCAAGGACUGGCAAGUCUGCUACAAUGCCGUCAACACUGACCCCCAGCAAUUCUGCCUCUACCUCACCAACUUCGUCGAAUACCUUCCGCAGAUCCUCGAUCUGCUCAACCACCAGCCGGUGCAGCGGGGCGCGGGCUGCGUGACGAUUCCUGGGAAAUGUUAUCCGGGACUGCGGACGACAAGUCCCUAUCGCGUGCGGGCGGCGGAGUGCGCGGAUCCGAAUACGAUCUACGCCGAGUCCGGGGAUUUCUGGCCGUCUCAGUCCAAGUGCCCAGCGACGACUCUUACUAGGGUUGUCAGGGAGUAA